GUCGCCCAAAGCAAAGAAGCGUUUGUCGGGAUGGGGCGCUUGAAUGAUCCUUUCCCCACCGGAAGGGAGCAGAGCCGAACUCUCCCACACAUGCCUGGCCGAGGCCGCUCUCUAGGAAUCUGGACACUCUCUCUUUGAGCCGGAGAGGGAUUCUGCUGCUGCUGCCGCCGCCGCCCCGGAAGCCAGGAAAGCUGACCUUCCUCUUCCCAAGCCGAGCUGUUUUGCCGCGGGAGGCAUUUGCUCCGGGCGGUUCUUGCAGAAACAGGAGCGCACAGUGGCGAGUGGAUGAAUCUAUCCCGGGGGCGCUUGUCCCUCCUCUCUCGCCGGCCUUUUCAAGCAGCACCCUCCCCACUUGACUCACCUUCCUUCUUGCCUGUCCCUGGGAGUCAGCCCCCUACUCUCCGGCGCGUUCUGGAGAAAGCUGAUGCUGAAGCGACAGGGGGCAGGAGAGUUUUUUUGUCUGGAGAAAAGAAAACUUCCCAAGAGAAAAAGACUUCUUGGCUGUGUGAAAUUCACCAUUGGACCAAGGGCAUCUUCUGGCUGUGUUGGGAAUUUUAUCUGACAUUCAAGAGAACAUGGAUUUGCAAAGUCCAGUAAGUAACAGAUCGGGGAAGGGAGCAGAAAAGGGCCCUCCACACAUCCGGUCUGGAAGUGACAGGGAAUUCUGGGAACAAACCGUGCAGAAGAUGCUGGGUGAGGACAGCACCAGCUCAGAUGUCCAGCAAUGGAGAUUUAGGCAGUUCUGCUACCAAGAGGCCGCUGGACCUCGAGAGGUCUGCAGCCGAAUCCACCACCUUUUCCGUCAGUGGCUGAAGCCAGAAAGGCACACCAAGGCUCAGAUCCUGGACCUGGUGAUCCUGGAGCAGUUCCUGGCUGUCCUCCCCCCAGAGAUGGAGAGUUGGGUCAGAGAAUGUGGAGCAGAGACCAGUUCCCAGGCGGUGGCCCUGGCAGAAGGUUUCCUCCUGAGCCAGGCAGAGGCCAAGAGACAGGAAGAGCAGCAGGCACAGAAGAUGUUAGCCAAGGCAGCCGCUGAUCUCCUGAAAGCAGAGAACGUUCUAUCACACACCAGACAGAGGUCAUUGUUCAAAUGGAUUGUACAGGAAAGUGAUGGAUACACAUCCCUGGGCAGUGAAAUGACCCUGGCAACUUGUCCUCUUGAUGGUGGAGUGCAAACCAUUGCUGCACAGUCAGUGGAUCAGGGUCCGGUGACGUUUGAGGAGGUGGCUGUGUGUUUCUCCGAGGAGGAGUGGGCUCUGCUGGAUCCAAGCCAAAGGGCUCUGCAUGGGGAAGUCACGGAGGAGAAUUCUGGCCAUCUGGCCUUGCUGGGAAGACUUCCAGUUCCGAAAUCUGACCUUCCUUCCUGGCAGGAUGAAGGAGAAGAUCCAUAUAUUGAGGCCUUCCAGGAAGAGGAUGGAUACGCAGAUGACAGGAGGGGGAGCAAAGAAGAGGAUGUGCCAUUUCAAAGGAAAACUGGAGCAGAACAGAAAAUGACAAAGAGUGUUGCUUCUGAAGAUGCAAAUUUCCAUGCAAUUCCAGUCCAAGAAGAACAUCACAGGAGAAAGAAAAGGAUUAAGAUCCCUCGACGUGGAAACAUCAUAACGAAUGAAUUGUAUCUUAGUGCACAUCAGGGAAUCCACACAGGCAUGACACCAUAUCAGUGCUCUGAGUGUGGGAAGGGCUACAAUCAUAUAUCCAGCUUUAUAAUCCAUCAAAGAGUCCAUACAGGAGAGAAACCUUAUACAUGCUUGGAGUGUGGAAAAAGCUUUGGCCAAAAGGGCCACCUUUCUUCCCAUCAAAGAAUCCACACAGGGGAGAAGCCAUAUAAAUGCUCAGUAUGUGGAAAGAGCUUCAGCCAGAGAUCGAACCUUAUUCCCCAUCAAAGAAUCCACACAGGAGAGAGACCAUAUACAUGCUCAGAGUGUGGAAAAGGCUUCAGCCAGAGAUCAAACCUUAUUUCCCAUCAACUAGUCCACACAGGAGAGAAACCGUAUACAUGCUCAGAGUGUGGUAAGAGCUUCAGUCGCAAGAGCCACCUUAUUUUCCAUCAGAGAAUCCACACAGGAGAGAAUCCAUUUAUGUGCCUGGAAUGUGGAAAGAGCUUCACUCGCAAACAUAGUCUUACUGUCCAUCGAAGAAUCCACACAGGAGACAAACCAUAUAAGUGUUCAGAGUGUGGAAAGAGGUUCAGUCACCAAACAACCCUUAUUUCCCAUCAAAAAAUCCACACAGGAGAGAAACCAUAUACAUGUUCAGAGUGCGGAAAGAGCUUUAGCCAGAAUGCACACCUUAUAUUGCAUCAAAGAAUCCACACGGGGGAAAGACCAUAUCCAUGCUUGCAAUGUGGAAAGAGCUUCAGCCAGAAUGCACACCUUAUAUUGCAUCAGAGAAUCCACACAGGAGAUAAACCAUAUACAUGCUCAGAGUGUGGAAAGAGCUUCAGAGAUAGUUCAGCCCUUAUAACACAUAAAGGAACCCACACCGAAAAGAAACCAUAUACAUGCUCAGAGUGUGGAAAGAGCUUCAGUCGCAACUCUAACCUUACUAUCCAUCAAAGAAUCCACACAGGAGAGAAACCAUAUCAGUGCUUGGAAUGUGGGAAGAGCUUCAGUUACACCUCUAGUCUUACUAUCCAUCAGAGGGUACAUACGGGAGAGAAACCCUAUACAUGUCCAGAAUGUAAUAAGUGCUUCAAUUGCAACUCUAGCCUUACUAUCCAUCAGAGAAUCCACACAGGAGAGAAACCUUAUACAUGCUCAGAGUGUGGUAAGACCUUCACUUGCAAUUAUAGUCUUACUAUCCACCAAAGAAUCCACACAGGAGAUAAGCCCUAUACAUGCUCAGAGUGUGGAAAGAGCUUCAGUUGCAAUUCUAGCCUCACUAUCCAUCAAAGAAUCCACACAGGAGAGAAACCCUAUGCAUGCUCAGAGUGUGGUAAAAGCUUCAGUUCCAAUUAUAGCCUUACGAUCCAUCAAAGAGUUCACACUGGAGAGAAACCAUAUAAAUGCUCAGAGUGUGGAAAGAGCUUCAACCACAGCUCUAGUCUUACUACCCAUCAAAGAAUCCACACACAAGAGAAACCAUAUACAUGCUUAGAGUGUGGGAAGAGCUUCAGUCUCAGCUCACGGCUUACUUACCAUCAAAGAAUCCACACCGGGGAGAAACCGUACACGUGCUCCAAGUGUGGAAAGAGCUUCUGUCGGAGGACAGAUCUUACUGCUCACCAAAAAAGAAUCCACACAGAAGAGAAAUCAUCCGAAUACGGAAAGAAGGUUGUCGGGAUCCAGCCAUACCCAGACUUUGAAGAGGCCUCUUCUGGGAAGGAAGAGGCACUGAUACCUUCUCAAGCCACUGGCACUGACCAAAAUCCCAUCGUGACCAUAGCCCUUUUUGGGCAGCUGGAGCUUGCCCCUACAAUGGGAGAGAUGUAGCACCCCCUGGACCCUCCUUCACAAUCCCCAGGAGCAGUAUCAAUGUUUGAUCAGGGUUGAGGUCCAGUCCCACUGGCUGCCUGGAUGCCCAAGUACUUCCUUACUUUUAGUCUACUCUGGAGGAGGAGCUGGCCAGCCCAGGUGCAGACCCUGAAUUUGGACGCAACGAGUUCCCGGAAGAGCUGGGGCUUUCUGUUCUUAUAAGCUGUUCAGUAUCAGCCAGGCACUCACUAAUGGAACAGUUCUACCUGUGAGAGCCUCUAGGGCUUGCCGGCUGAACAUGAUCAUGUUUAAUUUGCAGGGGAGCAGGGGCCUCCAAAGGCCUUUGGGUCAGGCUCCAGAAUUACCUAGGUGCACCUUUGGGUCCAAGUUCCCUGCUCCUCCAGUCUUCUGCAUGGAUCUGCUCUUGUUUCCUUCUCCUUUCCUUUCUUCUUGCUUUCCCGUUUGAGCCUUCCACUUAAUUGUGUUCUUCCUUUCCCCUCACGUUAGCUCCAGGUUCUGAUUUUGACCUUCACCGUUGACCCACACCCUGAGCUGUGUGCACUUUGCUUCCAUUAGGCCACUGAUAUGGCUUGGAGGAGUCUGGUGAAGUGAAUGAGGGUCUAGGGCAGGGCUUCUCAACUUCGGCCCUCCUGAAAAUAUUGGCCACUGUGGCUGGGGAUUAUGGGAGUUGUAGUCCAAAAACAGCUGGGGGGCCAAAGUUGAGUAGGCCUGGUCUAGGGAGUGUAAAGAAGAGGAUUCCCCCCUGGAGGGUUGGUGGAGGAAAUAUCCCAGGCAGAGCAAUGAGAUGGGUGGCAGAAUGUCAGAGAAGGGAUCAUGCUAUGUUUUGGAGCACUGUCCUUGCAUCCCUAAGGGUUCCACCUCUGGGGUUCCUCACCUGAAGGAACUCAAAAGGUGGGCUGGGUGAGGUCCCCCCCCCCCCGAUCUUGGAGAGCUGCUGGGAUUAAAUAAUCCAACAGCAAUCGCCAAAAAAUCCAAACCAACAAAUGGCUAAUAAAAAAUGAACACAAAUAUGUUAUCAAUCCUAUUAAAUUCAAAAUAUUCCCUGAUCCUUUCUUUAAUAUAUUUUAUUACUUCUGCAUUUUUAAAGUCUCACUGAAUUAAAUUUCCACUGAUUAUAUUUUGGAGCAGGCAUUCGAUCUAUAAUAUACCUAACAGAAAAAUUUAACAGAAAAAAAACACACACCAGGAAAUUAGCCUUGGGCCAAUUUCUGUUGAAGUUGUUAUCUUGACCAAUCUAGGAGAUAAAAAUUUCCUGUCAAUCCUUGAAUAGCUCUGUCUAGGUAUAGUCAUAUUCCUUGAGGGAGUAAUAUUUCCAAGCAUCCAUUAGAUGAUGUUGAUCUAAACUAGAAGAAACAUUUUUGGAAGAACAUCUACUAAAGUCAUCUUAUUAGAUCUCUAAUUGUGAGUUCAUUAUGCCAUUAAAGUCUUCUCCUGGGAUUAGCUCCUCUUCAGUAAAUGCACUGAUAUUCUGAAAAGCUCAUUAUAAAAAACUGCCUCUGAUACAUUUGGUGUGUAGAUAUUUACCAGGGUUAUUUUUUUAAAUCCAGAAUUAAUCCUUUUAACGUCGCAUAUUUACCUUCAAGAUCUGUUGGUUGAUCUAAACAUCUAAAGUUUAAGUUUGUUCUCAAUAAAGUUGAAACACCUUGAGUUUUAGUAUCAGUGCAAGCCUCAUAGAUCUCAUAGCCACCUAAAGCUUUAAAGAAGUGUUUAUAUAACUUUUUCAAAUGUGGUUUCUUGGAUAAACACAUCAACUUUUUCAUUUUUAACCAUUGUGCUAUCCUUUCUUGUUUUAAUGUUGUUGUUUAAACCAUUGACAAUUUGAGACAAGAUAUUUAAAGUCAUUGUUAUGUUUGUCAGUUAAAUCUAUACAACUUCUCUAUUCAAAAUAUAAAGACAAAAGAGAGUCUUUAUAAAUGUACUGGUUGUCUUGAAAUCCUUAGUAGAUGUUGUUUAAUAUCUCCCUCUAGUUUCUGUUCCUGCUUUUCAACUCUAUUUUAUUUAUUUAUUCGAUUUAUUUCUAUCCUCAUCCUUACUCUGAAUCUCAACUAUGUCUGUAUUCGGGGUCCUUUUGCCUCCUUGAAGUUUAGUUUGGGAUUUCUUGAGGCUCCCUAUCAGGAGGAAGGUGGUUUUAUUGGCUACUAGUCUGGUGGCUAUAGGCCAGCUCCAGCCUCCGAGGCAAGAUGCCUCUAAAUACCAGCUGCAGGGGAGUAACAACAGGAGAGAGGGCAUGCCCUCACCUCUUGCCUGUGAGCUUCUUGGAGGCAUCUGGUGGGCCACUGUGCGAAACAGGAUGUUGGACUGGGUGGGCCUUGGGCCUGAUCCAGCAAGGCUGGUCUUAUGUUCUUCUGCCUGGGCGGGACCAUGAAGCUCUUUCUUAGUAAAUAAUAUAAGCCAAGAUGGACCAACAAUCUGACUCAAUCAAAAGCCACAUCCUUAGUUUGUACCUAAUUCCAGAUCUCAGUCCUAUAAAGUUAAUGAGGAUGGGGACUGAGUGAAAUGCUCUUGAUUGUGAAGUCAUGGAUGAGAGAGCAGCAAGGGGGAAACUUUGUUUUUGUCUCUGUCAGUCAUAUGAACAAAAUGAGAGUACGGACUCCCAUAAUGGGAGUCAUACUUUUUCUUCUUGUUCUUUUUCACUUGCUCCAUGACUUUCUCCAAUUCUUUGGUGUGUGUUUUCUUUCCCCUGGAGAAAAGCUCAGAUUGAGAGCUGGAGACAUUCAGUUUUGCUUGUUAGGUAUUUGUUUCUUUGGAGACUACAGUAAAAUACUCCAUGACCAAGUUCCAUUCGCCUUGCAAAAAUUAGCAGUGGACUCUUUCUACGACGUUUGACCUGGAAAUAAAAACCACGCAAGUUCAAGCAAGGAGAUAUGUUGGUUUCUUUGGGAGUUGCUCUUUAGAACACAGAGAAAAUGGAUGCACAAGACCCGACAGACAAUUAUAGGAAGGGAUAGAAAAUGCCUGUUGACAUCCAGGCUCAGAGCGCUGGGGAAUUCUGCAUGGAAAGAACUGUGCCGAAGAUCCCGAGUGGAGACACCAGCAGCCCAGAUGCCAGAGACUUUCUGGUCAUUAAUUCUCAAACUUGCUCUAUGCUACCCACUGGGCAAGUCAAUGAACUACUAACUGUGGUAGCGGAGCGUCUUCAAGAUUUGGAGGAAGAUUGUUGCAUCCUGUUCUCCGGAGGUGUUAAUUGCUUCAAGAUCCUCAGUCUUCAAUCUCAGGACUGAGAGUGGGACUGGAUGGCCUCAUGGGUUCACUUGCUGCUUGUGAAAGUGCAGCCUCCAUCCUGCCAGCCACUGAAGACGCUGGUGAAAGGCUGCAGGAGAGGAAGGGGUGAUUCUUUUGUGGGGUAGUGGAAUAAUUGAAGGAGGGAUUUUUACCAAGCAAGGAAAGAGGGACAAAAACCAGGAGACCCCUUCAGUAGCACCACAAACCAGGAGACCCCUUCAGUAGCACCACUGGCUGUGAGCAUCACUCAGUGGACUCCUGAGUGAGGUUCUGGGUCCAAAGCAAGUGAUGUACCCCUGCGCUGAAGGUAGAGAGUGAGCUGUGACCAUUAAGGGUGGGUGAGGAAAGUUAGCCCGGGAAGAAGGGAAGAACUCGCUUGGGGCCUCCAGUUUAUUAUCUUGGCAUGGGGGCGGAGGGGGGGCACCUUGCAAGCAUCCUUUGGUGUAAUACAGACUUGCUUUCUUUCUUUACAAAAUUAAGGUCGCAUCAAUGACUGAAUAAAAAUACAAGCAUACACAGGAAAACAUGUAAAACGUGCACGUCAGCAAACAGCAAUAAAAACUAUAUACAUUAAAGCUUA